AUGGACUCCGACGAAGUUAAAGCUACCGUUUCUGAGAGUGAACACUCAGAAAAGUCCAAACAGUAUUUAAAUGUUAAUUUGAAUGACUGCGAAGACCCAAACAGAGUACAUACGUUUAUGGGAUUAUCAGGACCAAAAUUGAACUAUGCAGUCUCAAUAUUUGCUGGUGUUGGAUUCUUAUUAUUCGGUUAUGACCAAGGUGUUUAUGGAAGUUUACUCAGUCUUGAUUCUUUUGAAGACACUUUCCCCUCAAUGAAGGCAUCAGUAAACUCAACUUUGCAAGGUGCAGUCAUUGCCGUUUACGAAUUAGGUUGUGGGUUUGCUGCCUUGUCAACUGUUUAUCUUGGUGAUAGGUUGGGAAGACUCAAAUGCAUGUUUCUCGGGUGUGUUAUUGUUAUAAUCGGAGCUGCGUUACAAGCAUCUGCAUUUACAGUUACUCAUUUAGCAAUAGCAAGAGUGUUUACUGGGUUUGGUACUGGUUACUUAACCUCAACAGUGCCUGUGUGGUCAUCGGAAAUGAGUAAAGCUAAAUCAAGAGGUAAAUUGAUUAUGAUGGAAGGUAGUUUGAUCACAUUGGGUAUUACCAUUUCAUAUUGGGUUGAUUUUGGGUUCUAUUUUGUUGACAAGGGUGGUGAUCCCAAAGCUAUAUCAUGGAGAAUCCCCGUUGUGCUUCAAGCUAUAUUCCCAAUUCUUUUGAUUAUGUUUGUUUUCAAAUUCCCCGAGUCACCACGUUGGUUAAUGGCAAAGGGAAGAGUGAGAGAAGCCAGGAUAGUUUUCAGUGCUUUGUAUAACCUCCCUGAAGGAGACGAGAAAAUAACGGACCAAUUGACAGAGAUUCAAAGUGCCAUAGAAUUGGAAGAGGCCAACGAUAAAGGCUUUAGUCUUAAAUCAUUGACCAGUCAAGGCCCAACAAGAAAUUUUCAUCGUUUGAGUUUAGCUUGCUGGUCGCAAAUCAUGCAACAAAUUUCAGGAAUCAAUCUAAUUACAUAUUAUGCUGGUACUAUUUUCCAAAAUUAUCUCCACAUGUCUCCCUUCAAUUCGAGAAUCUUGGCUGCUUGUAACGGUACCGAAUACUUUUUGGCCUCGCUCUUUGGUAUUUUAUUUAUUGAAAGAGUUGGAAGGAGAAGGCUCUUGUUUUGGGGAGCUGUUGGCCAAUCCCUUGCCAUGGUUGCCUUGACAGUGGCGGCAUGGAAAUCCCAGGUGGCUUUUGAUACUGGUGGAAACAGUACACCACCUGGAGUUGCUGCUGCGGUUUUCCUUUUCGUGUUCAACUCCGUAUUUGGUAUGUCGUAUCUUGGUGCAACUUGGCUAUACCCACCAGAAAUAUCGGCAUUGCAAUUGAGAGCUCCAACGGCAGCAUUAUCAACAGCAAGCAACUGGGCUUUCAAUUUCCUUGUUGUUAUGAUUACUCCAGUUGCUUUUGAAAAUAUUCAAUAUUACACCUACACAAUCUUUGCUGUCAUUAAUGCAUUGAUGGCGCCAGCAAUUUACUUUUUUUAUCCGGAAACUUCAGGUCGAACCUUGGAAGAAAUGGACUUUAUUUUCAAUCAAUGUCCGGUUAAGGAGCCAUGGAAAGUGGUUCAAAUUGAAAAGAAUACACCAAGGAGACGUUAUGCUGAAACCGACUUAGAAAAGCCAACCACGGAGCAUAUUGAUAACGUGGAAUCGGAUGGUAUACUUGAUAAAUAG